GCUAUCGGACUCGGAUCAUUCGGCUUGCUUCCUACAUAUGCCUCCGUUCAGGCCGCUCAGGUCAUCCCAGCCUCAGAAGAAGAGGCAUUCAUGCGGAAAACGCCGGUGCAGGCGUACAAGCGCAGGAGAGAUGAUUCCUCUACACUGCCUGUACCAGCGCUUCCACCUGACAGGUACAGCACUCCGCAGGCGAGCCAGCCAGAACGGACCUCACCUGAGGCUGCUGACCAGAGCCAGCUUGAUCUUCAGGAGGAGGCGGAGUCCCUCGCGGCGGAACCGCGAAAAUUUGUCGACAAGAGGCUCCUGGGUACCGUCCACAUGUCGAAUCGCGAACUCAGACGAGAGGAGGAAGCUGUCCGUGACAUCGCCCUCAAAAUCAUGGAAAAACUGUACCCGGCCGACGAAAUCAAGAAGAUUUGCAGGGAGGGCAAACGAUACGGGCCCAGCUUUGAGAUGUACAUCAAGCUGGCGGCCUAUGUUAGAUACUCUCUCAAAACAGAUGGGAUGAAGGCAGCGCAGGAGGCCUUGGCCGACUUCAAAUGGCGCAAGCACUACCCGCUCUUCAGCGAACAGUGCAACAUAAGGAAACAAUACGGUUCCUCGCCGUUUGACAAGAAAUGUAAAUGUGAACCAUGCAGAUGCGGGGCAAGCCGGAUGUGCCUGGCUUUUCAGGAACUUGCCCGCAACUACAGAGACAAACAGGCCAACAACAGCAAGAGAGCGACGCAGGAACGGAGUACACGUUUGACUCCCACGGUCGAGAGAAUGCUGGCUGUGUUGGAGGAGGCGUUGAAGAAGCAUAAGCACCUGCCCAGCAUGGACUCAGAUCCCGACAGGCAGCAGCGCAGCUGGAGCCCAGUCACCCCUCCUAAAAUUGCAGGCACUGUGCGAAGCCCAGCCCUCGCCCGUCCAGCCAAGAAGCAGCCGGCCAGGGUCGACGCGCCGCCAAAGUCAGCGGCAACAGGGCCAGGGCUAAGAAAGCAGCCGGCAUCAAGCAGCAGUAGCCCAGCGCAAGCCGUGGAUGACCAAAUUGAGCAGUUCUCGCCAGAGAUGCAGCGUCCAAGCUGCAGGAACGUGUGGAAAAGUCGGAGCUUCUCUGACCCAACGCACAUUGAAUCGAACGGUCGUGCUAAUGAUGAUGCAGAGCAUGGCCUGCGCAUCACGAGGCAAAACAGCGGCACCGCUCAAAAAGUGGACGUUGCAAGCAACGAGUCGGCACAAGCAAGGAAUCCCUGGCCAAACCGAAGGUCAAGCAGCAACCUCGACGACUGCAUGGACGUUGACUCCACCAGCCGCGCAAGUGAGGAUGCCGCCCAGAGCCUUCCAGAUCCGAGCGUGGCGCAGCAAGACUGCCAAGAAAUGGACGUCGAACACGAGCACCCGGCACAAGGCGGCGUACAGCCUUUGAAUGGGCGGCAAAUGCCGCACUUUUCUGGCAAAAUCAUCGACGUCACAGGUGCUGACCCAGAAGACGAACCCGUAGCGACCUCAUGCCAGCCGCAGGACUCAGCGAGGAUUGUGGCGGCCAAGCCGCGCUUGCGGCUUCGCAUCACUGGGAAUUCAAUGGUCGAUGCUGCACGCGACACGCAGCCUGCGCGAAAAUCUCCUUUUUGGGGCAGCAAACCGAGGCAGUCAACAAGCGCAAGCGCCCAACAUGAGCGAGCGCAAGCCAGGACGUCAAGACGGCAGUCCGUGGCUCCCUUGGAGGUGCGAAUCGGCGCCAAACAUCGGCCAGCCGCCGCCCUUCGCAUCAAGAAACACUGGUGCGACAAGAUCUUUGACAGUACAAAGGUAUGGGAAAUCCGUGGCUCUGCCUUAAAAAAGAGAGGCCGAGUCUGCAUUGCCCAGUCAAAAUCGAACCACUUGGUCGGCGAGGUCACCUUUGUUGACUGCCUGAAGGUGGGGAAGAUUGAAAAUGGGCAGCUCGUCCCCUGGAGCGACGGUGAGGAUGACAGGCGCCAUUUCAUUGGUGCAGAGGAGAACUUGACAAAGCACUGCAUCGAGGAUCUCAGCUGGGUGGAGUACCCCCGUGUGUUUGCUUGGGUCAUGGAGAAGCGGCAACGCUAUGCGAAACCGGUGCCCUAUGCGAACAGGGUUGGGUGCGUCAACUGGGUCAGACUGGAUUGGUCGCAAGGAGAAGCUGCCGUCAAGGUGGCAGAGCCGUCAGGCCUUAACGGCCGGGAUGCGAAAGGAGCAGCUGGUGAAAGGGCACCACGACGCAGGAGGGGCAGUCAAGCCUCCGCUGCUCCGAGACCAGCGUCAGCGUCCGGGCAGAGGGCCUUCCAGGCAAAGGCUCUCCUGGGAGCAUGA